UGUACAUGUUUAGUAAACAAAAGACAGGUGCCUGUCACGAAACCUCUGUGUUAAAUGUUUAAAAAAUAGUGUUCAAUGCUGCUCAUUCCUUUAUGGGUUAUUUUUUGACUUUGCGAACUAAAAGUUUCAGAGGUGACUAAGAGCAAGAAUUUGCGCAGUAUUUAACAAUUUCGUUCGUGUUGUUUGAAGUUCUUUCGACUUACUGCUGUAAAAAGUACUAUAGCCUACACCUGAAUCACCUGAAUCACUCAGUUUUGCAUGAUGAACAUAAAAGAAAUGCAUUUUUUAAUUAAAAUAUCCAUUCUGUCCAAUGUUUUGUUAACCACUGCUUUACAGAUUGAUACCACCCACAUUUAUUAUGAUGUCCAACCACAACAAAUUCAUUUAUCUUUCUCAGAUGAACCUGUUGAUCUCAUUGUUACAUGGAACACCAUCAACAGUACAAAUGAAACAAGUGUUGUGGAAUAUGGAAUUGUUGAGAAUCGUUUAACAGAAACAGCCACAGGGAGUGCAACUGAGUUUAUCAAUGGAGGGCUGGCAAAGCGGAAACAAUUUGUACACAGAGUGAAGCUCUCAGGGUUGUCGCCUAAACAAAAAUACUUUUAUCGAUGUGGGAGUCGUCUGGGGUGGUCCAAUUUGUUCAGUUUCGUUACGGUGGAAAAUUCAACCGACUGGUCCCCAAGACUUGCUGUGUACGGCGAUAUGGGCUCGGAAAAUCCUCAGUCACUUUCGCGCCUGCAAAAAGAGUCGCAAGAAGGGCGCUACGAUGCUAUAUUCCACGUUGGCGAUUUCGGAUACGAUUUGUAUGAAGAAGACGGACAACUCGGCGACCGAUUUAUGCGUCAAAUCGAACCGAUUGCCGCGUACGUUCCUUACAUGACCUCGGUCGGAAAUCACGAAGAGAAGUACAACUUCAGCCAUUACAAAGCGCGAUUCUCUAUGCCGGGAAGCGAAAAUGGAUUAAUGUACAGUUUUAACCUUGGACCAGCGCAUAUUAUUUCCAUCUCGACCGAAUUUUACUAUUUCAUCAACUACGGUUUUAAGCAGAUCGUUUUACAGUACGAUUGGCUGAUUCGCGAUCUAGAAGAGGCCAACGCUCCUGAAAAUCUUAGCGUCCGACCGUGGAUAAUAGUAAUGGGCCAUCGUCCAAUGUAUUGCUCAAAUACAGAUCAAGACGACUGUACAAAGAAAGAUACUCUUACUCGGGUCGGGCUCCCUUUGUUUCACUGGUUCGCUUUGGAGCCGCUCCUCUACAAGUAUGGAGUUGACCUGGCCUUGUGGGCUCACGAGCACUCGUACGAACGACUUUGGCCCAUAUUCAACCGUACGGUAAUGAAUGGAAGCUUGGAGCAUCCCUAUACUAACCCUAAAGCUCCAGUUCACGUGACAACUGGAUCAGCGGGUUGUCGAGAAGAACGGGAUGACUUUAUUCCAGAAUUACCCUAUUGGUCGGCCUUUCGCAGCAACGACUACGGUUAUUCCCGAUUAUUUCUCGCAAACAAAACUCAUUUACAUUUGGAACAAGUGUCCGAUGAUCAAAACGGUCUGGUGAUUGACGAUUUUUGGUUAAUCAAAGAUCUCGUAUAGUUUAACUCCUCAUUAGCAUAAACGAAGACAUCGUUCUGUUUUAAAAUACCUUUAUUAUUCAUUUCGUUUGUUGCACCAAGAAUUCAUCGAGAGCAACUAAUUUGUUAUUUUUUCUGCAUGUCCGUAUCCAAUCACUUUUGACAAUUUUCAUGUCUUGGUUUUUCGACAGCGCCUUAAAAAUAAUGAAUAAUCCAAGACCCGACUUUAGUAAUCUUUUAUGAACAGAAUAAAUAAACUGCAUUUACCUUGG